AUUCUCGCUGAAGGGUAAAAACCCAAAAAUCCCCAAUCUGUUACAAUCUCUCUGCUUGCAUCAAAAUCCUCAAAACCCUAGCCCCCGAGUCAAAUCCACAGUACAAAGACCAGAGCUUUCAUCGGAAACCCCAAUGGCCGGAGUGGGACCGAUCUCUCAGGACUGGGCCCCCGUCGUGGUCCGCAAGAAAGCCCCGAACGCUGCCGCCAAAAAGGACGAGAAGGCAGUCAACGCCGCUCGCCGGAGCGGCGCCGAGAUCGAAACCCUAAAGAAAUCUACUGCUGGUACAAAUAAAGCUGCUUCUAGCAGCACAUCACUGAAUACAAGAAAGCUUGAUGAGGAAACAGAGAAUCUUGCUCAUGAACGGGUGCCAACUGAAUUGAAGAAGAACAUCAUGCAAGCACGAAUGGAUAAAAAAUAUACACAGGCACAGCUUGCCCAGCUGAUCAAUGAGAAACCUCAAGUGAUCCAAGAGUACGAAUCAGGAAAGGCCAUUCCGAACCAGCAAAUCAUUGUCAAACUGGAAAGAGUUCUCGGAGUGAAACUGCGAGGUAAAAAGUGAGCUUGUACAAUCUUGUUUACGACUUGGAGCUUGUUGAGAGGGAGAGAGAGAGAGAGAGUAUUUGGAGUUUGAAAAUACUUGUCCGACUUGCCCUGCAUCCCCGGAUCCUAUCUUUUCUAUUUGCUGUUUUCUUCUAUUUGUUGUUUGUUGAACUAGUCAUAUGUAAUUUAUGUGGCUGAAUAUAAAAUACAUGUCCCUUCACUCUUA